AUGGAGGAGUUCCGGCGGGCCUACGCGCGGCUCUGCGAGGCGGGCGGCGCGGCGCCGCAGGAGGCCGUGCUGCGGCGGCUGCGGGAGCCCGGCGCGGCGCCGGGGCGCGGCCGCCUGGACCUCGCGGCGCAGAGCCUCUCGCUGGAGACGUGCGGCGCGCUGGGCCGGCUGCUGCCCGGCGCUGCACCCUUCGCCGAGGUGGCGCUUGGCGACUGCGGGCUCAGUGAGGAAGGUGUCAAACUUCUGUUACAUGGGCUUUGCUCCAACACUACAGUCAAGUGUUUGGAUUUGAAGGGAAAUAACCUGCGAGUCGUAGGAGCAGAAGCUUUGGGAAAACUUCUUAGGCAGAACAAAUCCAUCAGGAGCUUAAUCUUGGAAUGGAACAGCCUGGGUGUGUGGGAAGAGGGCUUCUCCUUUUUCUGCCAGGGACUGGGAGCAAACAGCUUUCUCCAGCGGCUAGAUUUACGCAAUAACCAGAUCAACCAUCAAGGGGCGGGAGAACUGGCCAUGGCACUGAAACGAAAUGCCAGCCUGCAGGAGCUAGAUUUGCGCUGGAAUAAUAUUGGGCUUUUGGGUGGCCGAGCUUUGUUGAACUGCCUGCGCUGCAACAAGACCCUGAAGAGACUGGAGCUGGCUGGGAACAAUGUUCCCAGUGAUAUCCUGAAGGCUGUGGAACAAGCUUUGGAUCACAACCAAGACCGUCAGACAAUUCUCAGUGAGACCCACAAUCGAACCCAUGUUCUCAGCAAGGAGGUUUUGAGUUUGAAGAAUGAGAAGGCUAAACAGUUCUUGGAUUUGAUGGACAUCAUAGACAAACAGAAAGAAGAAAUAGCCAGGAGCAGCAGGAUGUCUGCAGCACGAGUCAGCCAGCUGCAGGAAACACUGGAUGAGCAGCACUCUAUUAUGAAUUCACUGAAAGCCAAGCUGCAGAUGACUGAAGCUGCCCUGGCUCUGUCUGAGCAGAAGGUGCACAACCUGGGAGAGCUGCUAAGUGGUAUGAAACAGGAACAAACUAGCAUGGCUGAGCGCCACCUUAAGGAGCUCCAGCAGCAAAAACAGGAAGGUGUUGAUAGAGAAGGCAAACUUUUCCGGGAAUUGUCCGCUACCAGUGAGAAGAACGUGCUUCUAAGAAACCAGGUGGAUGAAUUGGAGAAGAAGUGCAAAGUCCAACAGGAUCAGCUCUUCCAGGUGAAACAAGACUUGACUAACACAACAGCAGAGUUGAAGCUUCGGGCUGUGCAGGCUGAGGAACGCUUAGAAGUAGAGAAGAGAAGAUUUAAACAAAGCCUUGAAGACAUGGAAUCCCUUCGAUUAAAAGAGGUGGAUUGUAUGACGCAGAACAUUGAGGCCAGUGAACGUUCUAUGCAAGAGAGGAUCCAGAAGCUGGAGGCCAUCAGGAUAGCUCUGGAGGAGGAGCUAAGCCAAGUCAAAGCAGCUGCACUUACUGAGCGAGGCCAGGCAGAGGAGGAGUUAAUAAAAGUUCGGAAUCAGGCACGGCUGGAGGAGCAACAACGACUAGAACACUUAGAAGAGAAGCUGCGGCUGAUGGCUGAGUCACGGGAUGAAGCUUAUAACUGUUGCCUUAAGCAAAAACAAGUGGUUGGUGAGGCCCAAGCCAAGGCCAAUCAGUUAAGCCUUCAUGCUGAUGGACUCAGAAGGCAGAUAGAGGAACUUCAGCAGGACCUGAACAAUAAAGAACAAGAGAAGGUGACAGAAGUGAAUAAAGUAAAAGUGGAGUUACAGGAGCAGAUUGGACACCUGCAGGCUGAACGCACAGCACAAGAAGGACUUAGAGAAAAGAUUGCAGCCCUGGAGAGACAGCUGAAAGCCCAGUCAAGUAAUCACCGAGAGGCGCUACUGGACAAAGAAGGUGAAAUCUCCAUGCUGCUGGAGAAACUGAGAAUGAAAGAGGCUGAGAUCUCCAGAAUAAGGGAAGAAGAGGCCCAGCGAGCAAGCUUCUUACAGAAUGCCGUCAUGGCAUACGUGCAGGGCUCCCCCUUGGGAACCCCCAGUCCUAGGAAAUGAGAGUAUGCCCUAAAGAAUCCACAUAGGAGCUGUAGGGAAGACCUGCUUGCUGAUCAGUUACACCACGAAUGCCUUUCCUGGAGAAUACAUCCCCA